GUAAAAGACAUACAACAACUUUUACGCGACAAACAGAAAAAAAGAUUGUUUCUUUUGUUCACUUUGAAUACAUACAAAAAAGAGAAAGAAAUGAAGAAACAAUUAAUACUUGGAGUGAUUUUGCUCGGACUAUUCGUGAUUUUCUUGAACACCACACAAGUCGAAGCCGCUAGGCCGCUUCAAGCCGACAGUGAGAUCCGAUUCGUGUUCCAGUUGCUGCAAAGGGGCCAGGUUAUAGGGUCAGGUCCGAACGGUUGCACAAACAUCCCAGGAGGUUCUGGCACUUGUCGCCCGUGAGCGGUCACGUGAGUCUGGGUUUACAUUCUUUAAAUUUUUUCAAGCCUAAUGUAAUAAACACAAUAUUGUUUUGUGUAUUGGUUCUAUUUUGACGCAGUUGUAGCACAUGUGAAAGCAAA